AUGCAACAAGUCAUGGAGACCGACGUGGGGAUUUCAGAGUACGUCGGGUUCGACGUGCCGAAGAUAGAGGGCAUCAUCAAACAGAGGUUCACGGAUUUUUUGGUGUUCGAGGUGGACCUGGACAGCCAGGUGAUCCACCUGAAGUCCCUCGACAUGCCCACGUCCUCCAAAAAGGGCGCGGAGAAUACCUCCUCCGACCCCACAGCGGAUGCUGCCCUUCCCCCGGCAGAGAAGUCAGAGGCGACAGAGGAGGGCCCGUCGGACGCGGCCGAAGAUGCAUCCUCAAAGGCCCUUCCAGCGGCCUCUGCAGAUGCUCCUGCGGUUGACUCUGCACCAAAGGAAGAAGAGACCUCGUCUGCGAACCAGGGUCCGUGGCCCGAGCGGUUCACCGAGUCACUCAAACCAUUCUUGUCCGAAAACGCCAUCGCCAAGGUCAAGCAGAUGUUCCUUGAGGGCCCCGAGCCGCCCUUCGUCAGCGACGGCGGCUGGGGCGGACGGCAAGCCAAGAAGGUUGACGAAGAUGCGCCAGAGGCGUCGGCAUCGGCACCGCCGGAGCCCCCAGCGCAAGAAGAAGCGGACACACGUGGGAAGGGGAAACGAGGACGCGGAGGUAGAGGCGGCCGUGGAGGCCGUGGAGGCCGAGGGGGAGGGCGCGGAGGCCGUCCUGGGGCGCGCGAAGACCACCGCAAGGUCUUGUCUGAUCCCAUUGCAUCGAAGGAGAAGCGCACCGGGCUGCACAAGAUUGUGCGGGAGCUGUUUGGAGGCAAGCUGGACACGGAGACGGAUACGACCGCAGAACCUUCAGACGAUGGCUCGUGCAUCGCUAUCAAGUGGUCAAAAAGCGGAGGCCGGGGUGGUCGAGGAGGUGGUCGAGGGGGAAGGCCCGAAGGACGCGGUGAUGGAGGUGGUGGUCGCGGUGAGAGGGGAAGCUACCCGUCAUACAUACACUUCACCUUGCAGAAAACAAACCGUGAUACUCAAGAUGCUUUGGCACACCUGUCGAGGACGCUGCACUGCAAUGUCAAAGAUCUUUCUGUCGCUGGCACGAAGGACAAACGCGGGGUCACCGUGCAGCGCGUAUCACUCCGAAGGGGAAACAAAACGGUGGAAGACAUAUACAAGAUGGCCAACAGUCUAAAUGGUCGCCGAACCAUGGAGGAGGUUCUCAAGGAGCGCGGCGAACGCGGUAUCCGCGUCACUGACUUCAACUACCGGAAGGCCAGUCUAGAGUUAGGUAUGCUGAAGGGCAAUGGAUUUGUUAUCACUCUCCGGAACGUUCGUGCGGACUCGAUGGAUACCAUAGACCGUGCCAUGAGGACCAUCAAGGAGAAAGGCUUCAUCAACUAUUACGGUAUGCAGCGGUUUGGUACCGCUUGCAUCCCCACACACUCUAUCGGGCUAGCUCUGCUUAAGGGUGACUGGCAAAAGGCCGUCAGUCUGAUCCUCCGGACACGACCUGGAGAACACCCGGAGGUCGCUGAGGCCCGUAACGCAUGGCUUGUCGACGGGGAUCUGGACAGGGCUCUAGAGCUCAUGCCCCGGCGCGUUGUAGCCGAACGCUGCAUCCUGGAAAGCUAUAAGAAACAGCACGGUGAGACUCGUAAUGCCAUGGGAGCACUUUCCACCAUCCCUCGCAAUCUGAGGCUCAUGUAUGUGCACGCCUACCAAUCCUACGUCUGGAAUGCCAUCGUCUCCGAGCGUAUCCGCAUACACGGCCCUGACAAGCCUGCGGUCGGUGACCUGGUCUUCGACGAGUCUUCGCCCUCCAAGGCGGAAGACGGUGGAGAGGACGCCGAGGUUGUGGCCGAGGGAGAGGAAACCAACGAAGGGAACGGGGGGAGAUCUGGGAAACGGUCGAGGAAGCCUUGGCAGCCACCGAAAGUGAAAACCUUAGAAGAAGCUGAUCUGGACAAGUACUCGAUAUUCGACGUGAUCAUGCCGCUGCCUGGCAAGGACGUCGAUUUCCCCGGAGGUGCACUUGGAGAACGCUAUCGGGAAUUCCUUCGUCUAGAUGGUCUUGACCCCAACAACUUCGUGCGCAAGCAGAAGGAAUACACGCUUGGGGGCUCAUACCGGAAGAUCAUGCACCUUCCCAAGGAGCUGUCGUGGACUGUGAUGCGCUACACGGAUCCGGACGUGCCCCUUGCACAGUCGGACGAAGACAAGUUGCUUGGAAUGUCCCCGCCAGCGACGGAGGAGGAUGGGAAGUUCCUGGCACUGCAAAUAAACCUGCAGCUGGGGACUGCUGCGUAUGCAACGAUGGCCCUGCGGGAGGUGACGAAAACAGAGACGAGCUCACACUACCAGUCGACUCUGACGCAGGCGUCAGAGGACCAAAAGUAUCGCACGGGCGACGGCGGUGAGGGCGACGGCUCCGGGACAGCUCAGGGACGGUGA